AUGUCGCGUGUUAAGAGAAUCGCCAAAGAAUUGGAGGAGUGCCGCCAGGACACCCAGUCCGGCGUUUCGUUGAAGUUGAACAACGAAAACGAUUUGACCAAGUUGACCGGGUUCUUCAAAGGACCUCCAGGUACUCCAUACGACGGUGGUGUAUUUCAAGUGGAUAUCAACAUUCCCAACGAGUACCCUUUCAAGCCACCACAAAUGAAAUUUGCCACUAAGAUCUACCACCCUAACAUUUCAUCAGUGACAGGCGCCAUUUGCUUGGACAUAUUGAAAGACGCAUGGACCCCCAUCCUCACGUUGAAGAGCUCGUUGAUCUCGUUGCAGUCGUUGUUACAGUCCCCCGAACCCAACGACCCCCAAGAUGCCGAGGUGGCCAAGCACUACUUGUCCAACAGAUCCGGCUUUGACGAGACCGCCACCUAUUGGACCCGUAUCUACGCCACCGAGGACGAGAACACUGAGCUCAGUGACUCUGCAUUAUACGGAAUCGACGACGCCAUCGUUGUCCAGUUUGAAAACAUGGGAUUCCCAAGGGACAAGACCAUCGAUGUUUUAAGAAGAAUGGGAAUCAAGUCAUUCAACGGCGUUAGCAACAAGGCUGAUACAGAAAACAAGGUCUUGGAAGAACUCUUGAGAGAGUGCCAAUGA